GGCAGGGCGGAGUGUGCCGCGCUGCUGCUGUUCUAUUGUGAGCUGGGAGCCCGGGCGGAGUAGGAGGGUCUGUGCCGGGGAGACCUUCAUUAACCCCCCCUCCCCCACCCGUGUCCGGCCCGGGCCCUGCUCCUGCUGAAGCCGCCCUGGGGCUGCCCCGCUCUGUGUCUGCCCCGCGGCGGAGCUGCGGCUUCCAGGUGUCUGACUGAGAUCAGGGCUCUUAUUGUACUGAGCGUGGCCCUGUUCUGCCGGGCGCUGCAGAGACUCCAACUGAGAUCUAGGCCCUGUUCUGCCAGGCGCUGAAGAGACCCCAGGCUACAGAAUAACAUCCACGUUUGCUCCAGAUCAUCCCAUCCUCCCAGGGGGAAAGAAAUGGCUGUGAUGGAGCUGGCUCAGCAGUUCUCAGGGGAUGGAGGAAGAGGCAAUGAGCAGUUCUCAGGGCACAGAGGAAGAGGCCAUAAGCCAGGGCCUGUUUAUGUAGCUGGGAAAGGAAGGGAGGGGCUGGUGACCUUUGAGGAGGUGGCUGUGUAUUUCACCAGGGAAGAGUGGGCUCUGCUGGAUCCCACUCAGAGAGCCCUCUACAGGGACGUCAUGCAGGAGAACUAUGAGACGGUGGUCUUACUGGGGUUUCCAAUUUCCAAACCUGAUGUGAUCUUGCAGCUGGAACGAGGGGAAGAGCCUUGGGUCCCAGACCUCCAUAGCUCUGAGAAAAAAGUGCUCCCAGGAGCUGCCUGCACAGGGAGUGACCUGUGUCUGGAUUCUCUCUGUUUCCCAUCAAGUGAUAGGAUGGUGAGUGAUAAUGAGGAGGAGAAACCCCGUCAGGAAGAUGCUGAGCAAGUAGAACCACGUGGAACAUUAUCAGGAGGAUUCAAAGGGAAUGUUUCCAGGAGUUGUGCACUCCCAGAAAAAGCAAAACCCAGUGAGACUCAGGAGAGGGUAGAGGAAAACUUCAGUAGCCUCUCAGACCUUAUUACAAAUGAGAGAAUCAGUGUGGAAGAGACACGCUACACAUGCCAGGAGUGCGGAAAAAGGUUCAAGAGGAGCUCUGCUUUUAUCACACAUCAGGCAAUCCACAGAGGAGAGACGCCCUACGCAUGCUCUGAGUGUGGGAAAAACUUCAGUUGGCGUUCAAACCUUAUCAGACAUCAGAGAAUCCACACAGGCGAGACGGCCUACACAUGCUCUGAGUGCGGGAACAGCUUCAGUUGGAGCUCAGACCUUGUUAGACAUCAGAGAAUCCACACAGGAGAGAAAUCCUACUUUUGCUCGGAGUGUGGGAAAAACUUCAGUUGGCGCUCAAACCUUAUCAGACAUCAGAGAAUCCACGCUGGAGAGACACCCUACAUGUGCUCUGAGUGCGGGAAAAGCUUCUGUGAGCGAUCAGAUCUUAUCACACAUUGUAAAAUCCACACAGGAGAGACAUCUUACACAUGCUCUGAGUGUGGGAAAAACUUCAGUCGGCCCUCAAACCUUCUCAUACAUCGUAGAAUCCACACAGGAGAGACGCCAUACACAUGCUCCGAAUGUGGAAAAAACUUCAGUCAGCACUCAAACGUUAACACACAUCAGAGAAUCCACACUGGAGAGAUGCCCUACACAUGCUCCAAAUGUGGUAAAAACUUCAGUCAGCGAUCAAAUCUUAUCACACAUGAGAGAAUCCACACAGGAGAAAAGCCCUACACAUGCUCCAAGUGUGGGAAAAGCUUCAAUGACCGCCCACACGUUAUUAGACAUCACAAAAUCCACAUGAGAGAGAACUGUAAUAAAUCCCUUGAUUAGGGCUGGCCAAAGAUUUUUUUUUUAAAAUCACAUUUGCUAAUUCCCACAUACUGAUUUUUGCACCAUCUUCCCCAUGGCGCCUCAGCUCCACCAGAUCAGUUUCCUGCUUCUGCCUUUUGCAGUUCACCUUUGUUUGGGGUCAGUCCUGUGAUCUUUUCUAUCAACUCCUUUCCUUUUGAGUCUAUCGCAACCCUAAAGUGCACGCUUAAACACGGUCUCUUUAUGGCCAAUUGUCGGUCCACAGCCAUUUUGUUUUAGUAAAAGGACAAGGUGGUCUCCUUUUUGGGUCAGAUUCUUGUUCCUUAAAGGACAAGAAAGCCCCAAGGUGUCGUGUGCAUAACCCUAGUGUGCUGGGUGCACCCUGUGAGCCGUUUACAGACAUGUAAGCAUGUCUCAAACAAAGAAGGAGCGUGCUUGCCAAGUACAGCCUCUGCUAACGUAGGAGGCUCCUGCUCGGAACCUGGAAGGUGAAGGAGCUAGGGGGCCAAUCCGGUAUCAACAUACAUAAAAAGGAACCAAUCUGAGAUUGACACGAGUAAAAGUCCCCAGACAAAACUAUGUCUCACACCAGAAUCGGGAGGAGUUCACGUGUGUCAGCUGAAAGCUCUGAUCACCCUUUCAGCCAGGGAAUUUCCUCUGGAUUUCGCCAGUUCAGGUCAUGUCGUGUUAAAUAAGACCACCUCCCCUAAUUCACUAUGCAAUCAGUGUUUAUGCUGCUGGUCAGCUGUAUCUGGAGUAUGGUAUGUAUUUUGUAAUUUUUGCAAACAUUUCUGCUCUUGCCUAAUUUCUCCCCCUUCUCUACCCCCGUUUUCUGUUGCCUGCAUUUACUUUAUUCUGUGUAUAAGAAAAGCGGUUCUUGUUUUUUUUCUCUUUCAUAGCUUAUCUUUGGCCUUGCUCCUUCCUUUUAUGUGAAGCAGUAUAGAUAAGAGUUAACACUUUGCUCUCCCUAGCCAAAGUGUAAUCUAUUCCUGUUGUUAAAAUAAACACAGCCAUUUGGCUUUAAACCAA